GUCCUACAACCACGGGCCAAGAAGUUCCAAAAAAACAGAACUCGGCUUAUGGGCCAGGCGAUAGGUUACUUAUUUCGGUGGUCAGACCAUAUAAACGUAUGACUGUGCUGCUUGCUGCAUCCAUCGUCCUUGCAUUGCGCUCCACAGUGACCUUGCUACUGGCUACUUGAUGUUGACCUCACUGGUCAGAAGUUUACGGUGACCUUUCUAUUCUUCACUGACCGUGACAGGUCACAGCCUGUUGGCUAGGUGCUACCCAUUGUAACAGCUUUGAUGUUCAAAUCAUGCGGCAUUCAUGCUGAGACCGUCAAGACAGAGUAAAGACCUUUAGAGAUCGUAAUAUUUGCGAAAGAUUGCCUAGGACUAAGAUCAGUUUAAGCCUGUUGAAGAUAAGCCGUCAGACUGAAAUCCUUCUACGUGAGUUAUACACAUUUAGACAUGGUGGGAUUGCACACUCUUCUCGUCAUUUGUCUUUGCGCUUCCAUCACGCUGUCUUCCGAAGUCGAUGCAGACAAAAGUGCUUCAAAUAAAAGCGAUGUGGAAGUCUCAGAGGGUAAGUCCUAAGAAUACGUCUUUGAUCUUGAGUUAGUACAUACAGAGUUUAGUGGUUAACCUUUUAAUAAUGCAGUAUAAGUCUUGUUUUUACUGUUUUUUUAAGUAUUUUGUUUAUAAUGGAAGUAAGGUAGAUUUAAUGGAGACGCCUCGUGUUGCAGUAAAGAUAAAUUUAGUCACAAAAAUAAAGCAUCAAAGGAGGUGUAGCCAUUUAGGUAAUUUAUCAAUGUUUAUGUCUUAAUAAUUUAUAAAAGCCUUUACUAAAACAGAGUAAGUUGUUGUUGUUUGUUUGUUUUUUUUCUAUUUACUUCUUAAAGCUUAAGUUAAGUACAAUCUUCGAAAAAAAAAUAUAUUGAAACACAAUACCAAGCAAGGUAAAGUAGACCUAUAUCAAAGAAUGUCUGAGAUAGAAGGGGGGAAAAGGAAUAUGAGCUAAAACCAGAGAGAAAUCUAUGACAAAGUAUAUAAGCGGUUUGAGGUUCUCACUUCAUGGCUAAUCCACACUAGAUUUACUUUCAUUUUUUUUUUUUUUUUUGUGGAAGUAAAUGUAAUUGAGGAAAAAUCUAUUCGGCUCAUACAGAUAUUUAGCUAAAGUCAAGGAUUUGAUAAACAUAGAAGGGUUUUUUUGUUACAGAUGGAGACUCCCUGCCACUAUCGUGUCUAUCCAAAUAUUUUAAAAGCAUCUUGUUUAAUAUCCACCAUCAUAUGAGGAGGAUCGUAGAAUUCUUGUUUCAGCCCAAGCGUGUUCAAAGAAAUGUAUUCCAUACUUCUGAAUAUCGUAAUUUCUUAAAUCAGAAUUUAAAAAAUUGUAAAUUUUCUCUCAAGCCCACCCAAGAUCAAGAUUUGAUUGAACUAACCCUAGCCAAGUGCGUGGUAGGCCGACACUUGAAUAUCGCUUUCUGAAACAACCUCAUUGUCUAACAAGUCUGUUGAUAGUGUUACUGAAAUUGUGGGCUUAAAACAAAACGUCCCUGGAUGAAGGCUCAAAAAAGUGUGCCAACUAAUGAUCUAUAGCAGAAGUGAUGUGCAAUCAGGAUCAGGGGCGUAGCUAGGUAGGGCGGGCGAAACGUACCUGUAACUCGGACAAUUGCACGUGGUGCCAUGUGCUUAGGGUGCCAUCAACAAUCUUCCAAAAUUGGAGAGAAAAAAAUCAUUGCAUGUGGGCGCCACGGAAGAAAAAUAGGAAGUGCAAUAAAAAGAUUUGUUGAUCUAAAGGCUUGAAAACAACACAAUGUCAUCGGUAGGCUAAUUGUUGCUACUGCCCACGGUAGGCUAAUUGUUGAUACUGCCCACGGUAGGCUAAUUGUUGAUACUGCCCACGGUAGGCUAAUUGUUGAUACUGCCCACGGUAGGCUAAUUGUUGAUACUGCCCACGGUAGGCUAAUUGUUGAUAUUGCCCACGGUAGGCUAAUUGUUGAUACUGCCCACGGUAGGCUAAUUGUUGAUAUUGCCCACGGUAGGCUAAUUGUUGAUGCUGCCCACGGUAGGCUAAUUGUUGAUACUGCCCACGGUAGGAUACUUGUUGAUACUGCCCACGGUAGGAUAAUUGUUGAUACUGCCCACGGUAAGCUAAUUGUUGAUACUGCCCACGGUAGGCUAAUUGUUGAUACUGCCCACGGUAAGCUAAUUGUUGAUACUGCCCACGGUAGGAUAAUUGUUGAUAAUACCCACGAUAGGAUAAUUGUUCAUAAUGUCUAAAUACAAGUUAAGAAAAGCAGUUUAUCGUUCAUUGUUUGUUUAAAAAAACAACCUAGAUAAUAAUCUCAUUACUGUAUCCCUAGUUUUAUUUCCUUACACAAAUAUGUAGGAUUAUAUUUGAAAGGGGCGCCAACGUUAAUCGUGCUAGGGGUGCCAGCAACCGUAGAGUCGGCCCUGUAACUAGGCCACGGGAAAAAUGUUGGACUUUUGGAAAAGAUUAUAUCAGUAAUGAUCAAUAAUCAAUGACUUUUUUUAAAUCUCUUACAGCCCCGAAGGUGAACUGGAUCUGUCCCAACGGCUGGGUCAGUUUGAUAGACGAUAGCAGCAUCAUGUGUUUGUGGUUCAGUAACGGGAGCCUUAGCCACCCGCUGGCCAGGGAUCAUUGUGCCAAGUAUCAGGCCAGUUUGGUCAAGGUGAACACAGUCAAGAAGAUCCAGCUAUUGAAAGGUCAGUAGCCAGUGUAUGAAAUGUACUGGUCGGUCACUCGAGAAUUCUAUAUCCAUCGUAAACGUUAGGAAAACACUUUUGGGAAAAGAUAGAGACAUUGCAAAAACUGGACAUUUCCUAGGGUUAAGCUAUUUUGUCCUGAAUAGUUUUGAACAUAUCCUAGUGUUUGUCUAUUGUGUCCGAAUAGUUUUAGACAUUCUCUAGUGUUUAGCUAUUUUUUCCAAAUAGCUUUGGACGUUUCCUAGGGUUUAGCUGUUUUGUUUGCUUUGUAGUUAUUUCCCCUUGUAUCUAUAGGGUUACAUUUAUUCAUAUUGUAUACUGUGGUCUAUGAACACUGAAGAAUUUAUUUUCCAAAUUGCGUAAAUAGCAUAAAUUUUCCCUUGGUUUCAGGGGACGUGAUUGCCUUGUUUAUAUUAGAUUGAAAUGUUGUUGUUGGUUUUUUUGUUGGUCGCUAGAUUCUUAGAAUAUUGAAAAUAGCGCACGUUGAGUGAUUCGAAUUUAAUCUAAUCUGUAACUUACCCUGUACGUGAAUGUGUUUCAGAAUGUGGUCUUGUCUGUAGCUUACCUUGUACGUGGGUGUCUUUCAGCAUUUGACUAAUCUGUAACCUACCCUGUACGUGAAUGUGUUUCAGAAUGUGGUCUUGUCUGUAGCUUACCUCGUACGUGGGUGUCUUUCAGAAUUUGUCUAAUCUGUAACUUACCCUGUACGUGAAUGUGUUUCAGAAUGUGGUCUUAUCUGUAGCUUACCCUGUACGUGAAUGUGUUUCAGAAUGUGGUCUUAUCUGUAGCUUACCUUGUACGUGAAUGUGUUUCAGAAUGUGGUCUUAUCUGUAGCUUACCCUGUACGUGAAUGUGUUUGAGAAUGUGGUCUUAUCUGUAGCUUACCUUGUAAGGGGGUGUGUUUCAGAAUUGAUCGCUAAACGUGAAGCAGAACAUUGGAUUGGCCUACAUAAAGAUCGUGGUUACGAGUCUAGCUUCAGAUGGUAUACCCUGAGAGGCGACGUGCGGGUGAGUAGAGUGUUGUCGCAGCUGACCAAUAGGUUAUUAUUAAAUGGUAUGGAGCUCAUUACGAAAAAAAAAACAAAAAAAAACGCAGAACCGAUGAGGCAUCGAAAUCUAAAAAAGUCGAUUUUAGGGGAACACCGGGGAGAUUUUUUCCUAGCCGUGAAAAAAAUAUGUAAAUUAAUGUGUUGCCACUACCAUUGAAAAUUAGUAGAAUCAACGUCUUGAAUCGUGCGCAUGGUUAGAUUCUCUCACUCUAACCAUCUUGCUACGCCGUCCUGCAGGCCGACACAAGCAUCUUGCCCGCUGCUUUCCGUGACUACAUGAGCUACAAGGCACAGUGUGUUUACGUCUCUUCCGACGGUGCCGAGUGGGAGAUGGAGGACUGCGAUACAGAAUGGAGCUUCAUCUGUGAAAAAAAUAUCGGUCAGUAUCCCUUUAGCUACCACGCAGUGUCUUAAGACAUCAUAAUUUAAUACAUAUCAACAGCAGCGAGUUACAAUGAUUUUACGUGUGACCUUCGACUCUGGAAUUUUUUUGCUUAUAACAUUCACAAACGAUUCCCAUGUGUGUGCAUGUGUGUCCAUGUGCGUGUCUUCGUGUGUGCAUGUAUGAGUGUGGGUGUGUGUGCGUUCGUAUGUAAGUGUGUAUGAGUGUGUGAGCAUGCGUAUGUGUGUCCACGUAAGUACGUGCGUGGUUUGUGCGUGCAUGUGUCCGUGGUGGGAGUGUGUGUCCGUGGUAGGAGCGUGUGUCCGUGUUGGGAAAGUGUGUGUCCGUGGUGGGAGCGUGUGUCCGUGGUGGGAGUGUGUGUCCGUGGUGGGAGUGUGUGUCCGUGGUGGGAGUGUGUGUCCGUGGUGGGAGUGUGUGUCCGUGGUGGGAGUGUGUGUCCGUGGUGGGAGUGUGUGUCCGUGAUGGGAGUGUGUGUCCGUGGUGGGAGUGUGUGUCCGUGGUGGGAGUGUGUGUCCGUGGUGGGAGUGUGUGUCCGUGGUGGGAGUGUGUGUCCGUGGUGGGAGUGUGUGUCCGUGGUGGGUGGUGGGAGUGUGUGUCGGUGGUGGGAGUGUGUGUCCGUGGUGGGAGUGUGUGUCGGUGGUGGGAGUGUGUGUCCGUGGUGGGAGUGUGUGUCCGUUGUGGGAGUGUGUGUCGGUGGUGGGAGUGUGUGUCCGUGGUUUGAGUGUGUGUCCGUGGUGGGAGUGUGUGUCCGUGGUGGGAGUGUUUGUCCGUGAUGGGAGUGUGUGUCCGUGAUGGGAGUGUGUGUCUGUGAUGGGAGUGUGUGUCCGUGAUGGGAGUGUGUGUCCGUGAUGGGAGUAUGUGUCUGUGAUGGGAGUGUGUGUCCGUGAUGGGAGUAUGUGUCUGUGAUGGGAGUGUGUGUCCGUGAUGGGAGUGUGUGUCCGUGAUGGGAGUAUGUGUCCGUGAUGGGAGUGUGUGUCCGUGAUGGGAGUGUGUGUCCGUGAUGGGAGUGUGUGUCGGUGAUGGGAGUAUGUGUCUGUGAUGGGAGUGUGUGUCUGUGAUGGGAGUGUGUGUCGGUGAUGGGAGUAUGUGUCUGUGAUGGGAGUGUGUGUCCGUGAUGGGAGUGUGUGUCCGUGAUGGGAGUAUGUGUCUGUGAUGGGAGUGUGUGUCCGUGAUGGGAGUGUGUGUCCGUGAUGGGAGUGUGUGUCCGUGAUGGGAGUGUGUGUCCGUGAUGGGAGUGUGUGUGCUUGUGUUUCUUUGUGUGUGCGUGUGCUUGCUUUUAUUUGUGCGUGUAUUUGUGUGUCUUUGUUUAUGUUCGUGCUUGCGUGUGUUUGUGUGUGUAUGUGUGUGUGUGCGCAUGCGCGUGUGGGCGUGUGUUUUUGUAUGUGCGGUUGUGGAGUAAGUCAAUCAGCGAUGAAUUUCUUUGCUCUAUAACAAUUUGAAUUAACACUAGAAUGCCUUAAUCUUUCGUAGAUUAUUUCCCCUUCCUAAAUAUGUUAUUUUUUUAAAACGGUUUUCUAACUAUAUCACUUCUAUUUUAUUACUUGUUACAACAGAGUGCAUGUAACAGUUAUAGUUUACUACUCGGUACCACAGAGUGCAUGUGACAGUUAUAUUUUACUACUCGGUACCACAGAGUGCAUGUGACAGUUAUAUUUUACUACUCGGUACCACAGAGUGCAUGUGAGUGUUAUAUUUUACUACUCGUUACCACAGAGUGCAUGUGACAGUUAUAUUUUACUACUCGGUACCACAGAGUGCAGUCCAGGAAGUUUUGGUGAUAAAUGUGUCAAGGUCUGCCACUGCAUCGGGGAGCCGUGCACCACGAAGAGCUCAGAUGGCAGCGACGACGUCACAUGUCGGUGGGGCUGUCAGAGAGGUUGGAUGGGACCAGCUUGUGACAUAGGUAAACAUAAGGGGGGUCAUACUGACCUAGGACAUUUCUGCCAUGUGGUCAUACCGACAUUGGGUCACACCAACCUGCGGUCAUACCGACCUGGGGUCAUACCGAUCUGUGUUCACACUGACGGUUUGGGGAUCAUCACAAGUAUAUUAUUCUCAACCACCAGUAGAACAUUCAUAAAAAGUAUAACAGUGAUUGCAUUACAUGUAAUAAUAGGCUGAAUAAAAUGAUAGAAAUUACUGAGGCCAUAAACACAGAGAACUACGAGGUGUAUAGCUAUGUGUAACAAUUUUUAGUGGUUGAAAGAUGACCUGUAUGAUUCGAUUCUCCGAAAAUAAGGCAGCCUUUUGAUUGGCAUUUUGAAAAUUAUUAUUAUUUUUAAUUGGUUUUAAAUGUUUUUCUUAGUUUUUUUGUUGAAAUAUUCCAAAUGCAAUUUUUAUUAUACAAACUUCUUUUUUGAAAGAAAAACAAGACCCGGAUGUCAAGUAUUACUGUCUCAAUUCGGACCAAGGGGGUAAAAAAGUGCUCAUAAGAAUUUACACUAAAGGAGUGGAGUACAAGUGAGUUAAUGUUACAAUGUCUCUGUGUCAUUUCAAGUGUUCUAAUCGUGUUUAAUUAAAUCACUAUGACUUGGAUAAAAUUAAUAUAGCAGAUACAAUUGUCCUGUAGUUAAAAAAUCAAAUGAAUGAAAACCAUAAGAAUAAAUCCCUAAGAGUAGCAACACAAGCAAAGGAGGGUGCAAAAUUUUUAAGGCUAUCAGGAUUUUUUUUAAAAAUCUUAGCCUAAAGAAAUCUGUAGGUCUUAGGAAAUUUUUUAUUAAAUUCUGAAAUGUGAGAGUGCCAAUAAACUCCUGAGCUAUAAUAUCAAGACAGUGUUUUUAAUUCCUGGAACAUUUUCAAAUCGUGAGAAUUUAUUUUUCGAAUUUUAUAAAAUAACUUGUAAGAAAAUAGCUGAAAAACUUGGAAUUUUAGCUUCAAUUUUAAUUUGUUCAUUUUUUUUUUUUUUGGACACAUAUUAAAAUUCGGACUAAGUGCUUACUACUUGUAUCAAUUGGAAGUGUGUGGGAUUAAAAAUAAAUAAUAAAAUGUGUAUUGCUUCUUAUUGGCUCACACGAUCAUUUGGUGAUCUCAGUUUUGCAAAGUGAUGCUCUCUAUAAUGGGUGAAGAAAAAACAACAAAACAAACAAAGGAAUAACCAACCCGAAAAUCAAAUUUUCGUAAUAUUACGGGGUAGGGGGGGGGGGUUAUACCUGACUCAAUUUAAAGGCAAAAAUCUCGUAUCUUGCAUUUUUCUUUUUUUUAUUUAUUUUGAAGAAAUUUUGCUAUUAUGUUGGGGUUUUUUUUUUCAUGUUUGAAGGCCCACGAUCAAUUUAUUGAUCAUUUUGGCUCCUGGUUUGAAUUCAGAGUUAGCCUUCUCUACACACCUUCCCCCCAUAAUACGUCCCUGCACACGUUUUAUUUCGCGCCCAUGCACUAUAUAAAUAGUCUAAUGUCCCAACCACUUUUAAACCGAAUAUUUAUUACACCACAUUUAAAUUGAGACGAUUUCUUUUUGCGAAAAAGAAAAUAUUACGCACCAAAUGCAGUUGCGUUAUUUAAAAUAACAUUUACUAUUUUGCGUAGUCAUCGGGUAUUCUAUUUUGCGCGCCGUCUGGAAAUGAAUGCAGUCACACCUCAAAAUAUCUAUGAGAGAAUUGUGUUUCUGAUAUCCUGUCAAUUUAAUAAAUAUUUAUAGAGGACUGCCUUUCGAGGCAAGCCCCGUGAAGUAAAUAAAUAGCGGAACAAGAUAUGUUUACGCUUGACCAAAAAAGUCAGAACAUUUAAACGGACGUUUCGGCACAACGCCUUCUUCUGCAGACAAGACACAACAAGAAAUAGCAAAUUAUUUCAAAUUUAAAAACUUAAGUGUUAAUUUCAAUUUGUUUAAAACAUAAGUUUUAUAGAUACAAACCUUUCAUCAUCUAAAAUGCUCCUAGGUCGAUACACGGACUUACAGCCAAUCAGACACGAGGUCAGUGGUGUCAGGGGUCAAAUUUCUUUAAGCCAUACGAUCCUUCGAAGCCGGUGGAAAUCACCAUCAGGGUGGAUGAAGCGAUGGAAGAGGAAGCUGAAAGAGGAGACUGCGUGGGCGACGUAAGUAAAUAGAAAUGUGUGUGCCUUACAUAGAAGUUUUGCCAGGCAUAGAUUUGUGCCUGACAUAGGAGUUAUGUUAGACAUAGAAGUUACGACAGACAUAGAAGUUACGACAGACAUAAAAGUUAUGACAGACAUAGAAGUUACGAUAGACAUAGAAGCUAUGACAGACAUAGACGUUAUGACAGACAUAGAAGUUACGACAGACAUAGAAGUUAUGACAGACAUAAAAGUUUGACAGACAUUUAUUUGUGCCUACAUAAAUUAUUGCUAAACACAAUGGAGUGUUUGCCAUAGAUAUUUACCUUUUAUAGUUGUAACACAUGCUAUUCUAUUGCCAGUCUGUUGCAACAGUUUAAUGCAUGAUACAUAUUUGUACAUGACAUAGCUGUUUGCCUGCUGUUUGCCUAACUGAGAUUUUUACCUGCCAUAGCCGUUGGCCUAACUCAGACGUUCACCUAUCAAAGCCGUUAGCCUGGCAUCAUCAUGCUAUAGCUGUUUGUCUACUGUCUGCCUAACAUACAUUUUUAACUGCCACAGCUAUUUGCCUCGCAUAUGCUUUUACCUGCCAUAGCUGUAUGCCAGCUGUUUGUCUGCCAUAAAUUUUAACUGCAAUAGUUAGUUUUUGCAAAUGACAACAGCUGUACGAAUGAAUGCUUGUCGUAGUAUACCGGAUAAAGAUACAACAGGCGUCGAAGGAAUCGACUUUGUCAUUUAAGGGUGGUUUCCGUGAGGACAGGAGAGACUUAACCUGUGGACCAAGCCGGUCAAGGGUACAUAAGUAAGGGACAUUAUCGGAAAGGAUAUCCCGACUGAGUCCCAGUAAUGAGUUUUUUGUGUGCUGGUAAAUGUGGCGUGUCCACGCAGACCCUGGGUGGUGAUAGUUGUGGCGUGUCCACGCAGACCCUGGGUGGUGAUAGUUGAUUAAAGUAUCGUGAUAGAAAAAACGCCAAUUUGAGAGCCGUUAAUAAGCGGGUAGAGACAUGGAAGGCGACCGGUGUAAAUGAUAUGUUCGGGAGAACGUAGUCUCCAGUAAUGUAGCAAGUCUCUAGGGAAGUUGCAAGUCUCUAGUAAUGUAGCAGUCUCCAGUAAUGUAGCAAGUCUCUAGUGAAAUAGCUGGUCUCUAGUAAUGUAGCAAGUCUCUAGAUAUGAAGCAAGCCUCUGGUAAUGUAGCUAGUCUCUAGGAAUGUAGCAAGUCUCUAGUGAAAUAGCUGGUCUCUAGUAAUGUAGCUAGUCUCUAGUAAUGUAGCUAGUCUCUGGUAAUGUAGCUAGCCUCUAGUAAUGUAGCAAGUCUCAACAGUAGAGAGGGAACAUUUGAAAGGGAACAGUUGAGAGGGAAUAUUUAAGAGGGGACUGUUGAGAGGGAAGGGGUGAGAUGGAGCAGAUGAGAGGAAACCGUUGAGAUAGAUAGUUUUGAGACUACACGUGACUGGUUUGACGGAGGUAGUGUUGAGACAAUAACAUUGAGGAGAAUAGAAAGAGUCAAGCUUGAGUACGUGACCUAGUCGUACAGCUAGAGUGAAAUACAAAAUAACUUUUUUUUUAUAUUAGCAAUAAAUACGUAACAUAUUAUCACCUGGACUUCUGGAGGUUGUGUUAUUUGGAUUUGAUGCAAGUCAACGUCGUGCUUUUGUCUGCCUCAACGUUAUGCUUUUGUCUGCCUCAACGUUAUGCUUUUGUCUGUCUCAACGUUAUGCUUUGGUCUGUCUCAACGUUAUGCUUUUGGUAUGUCUCAACGUUAUGCUUUUGUCUGUCUCAACGUUAUGCUUUUGUCUGUCUCAACGUUAUGCCUUGGUAUGUCUCAACGUUAUGCUUUGGUAUGUCUCAACAUUAUGUUUUUGUCUGUCUCAACGUUAUGCUUUGGUAUGUCUCAACGUUGUGCUUUUGUCUGCAUCACCAUCGUGCUUUUUUCUGCCUCAACGUUAUGAUUUGGUGUGUCUCAAUGUUGCGCUUUUGUCUGUCUCAACGUCAUACAUCAACGUCUGUCAUAACUUUGUGCAUUUGUCUGUCUCAGCGUUAUGUUUUAGUCAGGUUCAACACCUAGAUGACCAAACUAAAGAGAGGAGCGGUCAUGAACGGGCACGACGAAGUCAAAACAGUGAUUGGUGAUUCAGGGCCGGAGACCUCCCCCGUAACAAUCGCCAUGUGACAACCGCUCUUGACAACCACCCUGUGACAACCGCCCUGUAACAACCGAACUUGACAACCACCCUGUGACAACCGCCCUGUGACAACCACCCUGUGACAACCGCCCUGUGACAACCGCCCUAUGACAACCACACUUGACAAACGCCCUGUGACAACCACCCUUGACAGCCACGCUGUGACAACCGCCCUGUAACAACCGAACUUGACAACCGCCCUGUGACAACCGCCCUGUGACAACCGCCCUUGACAACUGCACUUGACAAACGCCCUGUGACAACUGCCCUGUGACAACCACCCUGUGACAACCGCCCUGUGACAACCACCCUGUGACAACCACCCUGUGACAACCGCCUUGUGACAACCGCCCUAUGACAACAGCACUUGACAAACGCCCUGUGACAACAGCCCUGUGACAACCACCCUGUGACAACCGCCCUGUGACAAACGCCCUGUAACAAACGCCUGUGACAACCGCCCUGUUUGUCUGCUGUUUCGCCUGACAUAGUUUUAAAGACUUGUGUUUUGAAGAGAUAAUAAUUAAUUGUCAUAAAAAUAGAGUUCAUAGACCGCUGGUCGUUGCUUUUUUAACAUGUAUAUUCCACAUGAAAAUGGUGAGAAUUUCAUUAAAUGAUUAAAGCACUAGUCUAGUUGUAUCUUGCAUGAGUUCUGUGGUAUGAGAUUUGCCAUUCACACAGUUAAAGAAGCGGUGUUGAGAUGUUCUGAUACUAAAAAAAAACGCCACUGGAUUUUUACCAUAUUUUCCGGCGCAUGGGAUGACUUUUUAACCCAAGAAAAUAUUUUCAAAAGUCAGGGGUCGUCUUAUAAACCCAGUCGUCUUAUAAGCCCAGUCGUCUUAUAAGCCCAGUCGUGUUAUGUGCUGGUAUACAGCAAAAGUCUUAUUUUUUAACAGCAAAAGUAGGGGGUCGUCUUAUAAACAAAGUCGUCUUAUAAGCCCAGUCGUCUUAUAAGCCCAGUCGUGUUAUGUGCUGGUAUACAGCAAAAGCCUUAUUUUUUAACAGCAAAAGUAGGGGGUCGUCUUAUAAACAAAGUCGUCUUAUAAGCCCAGUCGUCUUAUAAGCCCAGUCGUCUUAUAAGCCCAGUCGUGUUAUGUGCUGGUAUACAGCAAAAGCCUUAUUUUUUAACAGCAAAAGUAGGGGGUCGUCUUAUAAACCCAGUCGUCUUAUAAGCCCAGUCACCUUAUGUGCUGGUAUACAGCAUAAGCCUUAUUUUUUAACAGCAAAAGUAGGGGGUCGUCUUAUAAGCCCAGUCGUCUUAUAAGCCCAGUCGUCUUAUGUGCUGGUAUACAGCAUAAGCCUUAUUUUUUAACAGCGAAAGUAGGGGGGUCGUCUUAUAAACCCAGUCGUCUUAUACGCCGAAAAAUACUGGUAUUUGUAAAAGAGGUACCCAGGCCCGCACCUGGUGGGGUGGGGGACAACCAUAGCACGUGUCAGGGGCCCGAGCUAGAUAGGAGCUGUUGCUUUUUUGUCCACGAAAGGGGCCCGAACUCUGUCAGCUGCCUGAGGCCCAGGAUGUCGUAGGUGUGGGCCUGAGGUACCUACGUCAGUUAGUUUCGCGUUGACGCCUGGUGAACGACUGAAACAGCUGUUUGGUUUUCUUUAAACAAAUAAUUACUUUUUAGAAAUAACAGGUAUUCUUUUUCUGUACUGAUUCUCGGAUGUUCAGUGCAGCAUAUUAAACUAUGUACCGCUUAUGUAUGUAUGUAUGUAUGUAUGUAUGGCAUCUUUCCCUCUGCGGGAGUCGAAAGAUUAACUUUAUUGCUUGCAGCUCUUGGUGUGGCUGGUGAGACCAAUCCUCGAAUGGCAGUCUCUGUUACAUUUCCCACACACGAAUGCGGUGGAGCAGUAUUUACCGGCCUUCCUCCUCGCUCUCUUUGCAGCUGUUUCCGCCCUGUUUUGCUCCUCGGCAUGUAGUGAUCCUGCCUUCACGAUGCCCCGCCAUGAGGAUCGAUCCUCUGCCAGCUCCUCCCAGUUUGAGAUGUCGAUGUUGGCCGACUUCAUGUCUCUUUUGCAUAUGUCUAAGUAUCUCAGACGAGGCCGUCCAACUGACCUUUUCCCUGUCGCCAGCUCGCUGUAUAGCACGUCCUUGGGUAUGCGACCAGGUUGCAUUCGCUUGACGUGUCCAAGCCAGUGGAGGCAUCUUUGGAUUAACAUGGCUGGGACGCUCCACAUGUUUGUUUGGGACAGGACAUCCGUGUUGGGGACUUUGUCUUGCCAUUUAAUGUCAAUGAUGUGGCGCAGGCAUUUGAGGUGGAAGCCUCUUUAACGCACAGAUGUUCAGUGCACCAUAUUAUACUUUCUCCUUUCAGAUUGACGAUCCAGAUAGUUUUCAGUUGACACUUGUUAUCCAGGAGAACGAGGGCAUCCUCCUGGAACAUGACCUGCAGGUAUCCAUUCAAUGUAACUUCACCAAGGGAGAGAACCUUAUCAGGGACAGUCAAUACGUCAUCAAUGGGUUAGUACUCUAAUGGGGGAAACAUCAAGGGCUGUAACAAUAGCAUUGAAUUAUUUUACCAAUAGCAUUGAAUUGUUGUACCAAUAGUAUUGAAUUGUUGUGACAAAAAUAUAGAAUUGUUGUCACAAUAACAUUGAAUUGUUGUGACACUGACAUUCAAUUGCUGUAACAAUAACAUUGAAUAGUUGUAACCAUGACAUUGAAUGAUAAAAUUAUAUUGAAUUGCUGUAACAACAAAAUUGAGUUGUUGUAACAACGACCUUGAAUGGUUGUAACAAUGCCAUUGACUUUGUGUUACGAUUUUCAAAACUGUGGCCAAACUGCUUGUGUUAUCGUCCGAUCAAGCCCCACCCCAUCACCGUCCCUCCAGUGAAGAGACAAGUUAUCUUUGAUGUUAUCUUUGAUGCUAUCUUUCAGAGAGCCUAGCCACGUCCAUCACCAGUCGCUGGAGCCUCAGUCCAUCGCUGAUGACGUCGUCCUGCAAAUUGUCAACGGCUACUCGGGGGAGCCGGUCAUCGAGGCGUCGGUGGGGAGCACGGUGGUGCUUCAGAUCAAGUAUGGCCUGAUGGAAGGUACAACGAACGUAUAGACCAGCGGGUUUCAACCUGUCGGGGUCAAACGACCCCUUACAUAAGGGUUGCAUGAGACCUAGGAAUAAACAUAUUUAUGAAGUAGCAAAGAAAAAAAUUACGGUUGGGGGUCACCCCAACGUAAGGAACUGUAUUAAAGGGUUACGGGAUUGGAAUGUUGAGAACCACGGGUAUCAUCAUCAUCAGUGGCCCUACAGCCCAGAACCACUGAUGUAGACUGGUCGUAUGUUAAAGUAUAGUAUGAAUCCAAAACAUACAAUGUUCAAUUUUUUUAUAUCAAUAAAUAAAUAAGGUAAUACGUUUAUGUUAUUUCAAAUGCCGGUACCCAACAAAUACUUUACACUUUCAUUGGAAUAAAUAGGUUAGUUGUCGUGGGACGACAUUACCGUUUCGGUAUAGGUUAGUUGUCUUGGAAGGACAUUACCAUUUCAGUAUAGGUCAGUUUUCGUGGAAAGACAUUACCGUUUCAGUAUAGGUCAGUUUUCGUGUAAGGACAUUAUCAUUUCAGUAUAGGUCAGUUGUCUCGGAAGGACAUUAACAUUUCAUUUCAAGCCCACGAAGACCUUCCUGUUCAAUGAUUACGUUAAAAUGCUCAAGGUCAAAACAUUUCAUAUUUCAGGAUGUUGAAAGAGAGAAGAUGGCCUGUACAUGAAAUGUUAUCUCUUCUAUAUAUUUUGCUUGUGGUGUGACUGCUUCCAUUUUCCAAUAGCUCUCAAAAUAUAAUUACCAAUGUUUACGCUAAAUGAUUUAGUUUUAUAAACGCAACUGCAUUUGGUGCGUAACACUUCCUUUUGUUUUCGGGAAAUGAAAUCGUUGAAUAUAAAUAGUAAUAAAUAUUCGGUUUAAAGUUGGCUGGGACAUCAGAAUAUUACUAAAUUUCAUGGGCGUGACAUAAAAAAUGUGCAGUGACGUAUCAUGGGGGAAGGGGGUGUAGCGUAAAUUGGUAUUCUUAAAUGUGCGUUACUUGAGUUCAUGUUUUGUCAAGUAACUUUAGUAGAUGGGAAGUUCACACAUUGUUUGCAUUAAUGUUUUGUGGGCAAUAACUAGUAGCUAAUAUGUGGAUUGCGUCACACACUGAUUUCCAUUAACACAAUCCAGCCAUAUUAUUGUUCCAAGGUUCCAUUAGAUUGACUUUUUCCUUAACAUCAUCUUCUUGUUCCAAGGUUCCCUCCUGAAGGGCGUGUUCCCCUACAACUGCUCGGCUGUUUCCCCCAGUGGCAAAGUUAAGAAACAACUCAUUGACCAGAACGGGUAACUUGAUGUUAACUUGCAUAGUGUGUUGUUAAUUUCCAUAGUGUGUUUUUUAACUUACAUCGUUUGUUGUUGACUUUCAUAAUGUUUUGUUAACUGACAUACUGUGUUGCUAACUAUCACAACGUGUCGUUGACUUUCAUAGUGUUUGUCAGCUACGACAGAGUGCAUGCGCACUUAGAGAUGUCAAAGUAUGUAAAAAUCUCUACAGUUAGAAAUAGGACUAGUUAUGUAUAAUACUCGCAAUCUUUCUAUUUUCAAAAACAUAAAUAUAUAGAUAAAAGUGUUAUAAAUCUACUUUUAAUUCACACAAAUAGAUAUAUUUACCUAGGCUAGUUUUCAAUCUUGUUAAUGGGAUUUUAGAAUCGAUUUACUAUGAAAGUUUUUAACAUUUUUCAGUGACAUAUAAUGACUUCUAGCAUUGACAUUUAAUGACAUCUUUCAGUCAUAUAUGACUUUUUAUAGACAUUUAAUGACAUCAUUCAGUGACAUGUAAUGGAUCUUUUAGUGACAUAUAUGACAUCUUUCAGUGACAUAUGAUGACAUCUUUCAAUGACAUUCCAGGUGUUCACUGUCCAGCUCCCCCGUUUCCACAUUCUCCAAGGCGACCGACAACACCAUUAAGACCGGUUGGUUCCCCUUGUUUGCCUUCGAAGGCGAGCAGAGCGUCCAGUUUCAGUGCUCCUUCUCUCUGUGUUUCCAUGAAAACUGUUUUGUGGUGAGUGGCGUUUUCAUGACAACUGGUUUGUGGUGAGUAAUGUUUCCGUAACAAUUGUUUUGUGGUAAUGUGUCCAUGACAACUGUUUUGUGGUGAGUAAUGUUUCCAUGACAACUGUUUUGUGGUAAUGUGUCCAUGACAACUGUUUUGUGGUGAGUAAUGUUUCCAUGACAACUGUUUUGUGGUAAUGUGUCCAUGACAACUGUUUUGUGGUGAGUAAUGUUUCCGUAACAACUGUUUUGUGGUAAUGUGUCCAUGACAACUGUUUUGUGGUGAGUAAUGUUUCCAUGACAACUGAUCUGUGGUAAUGUUUCCAUGACAACUGAUUUGUAGUGAGUAAUGUUUCCAUGACAACUGUUUUGUGGUAAUGUUUCCAUGACAACUGAUUUGUGGUAAUGUUUCCAUGACAACUGAUUUGUGGUGAGUAAUGUUUCCAUGACAACUGGUUUGUGGUAAUGUUUCCAAGACAACUGGUUUGUAGUAAUGUUUCCAUGACAACUGGUUUGUAGUAAUGUUUCCAUGACAACCGGUUUGUAGUAAUGUUUUUAUGACAACUGUUUUUUGGUGAGUGAUGUUUUCAUGACCACUGUUUUUUGGUGUAUAUAUAUAAUAUUUGUAAUAAUUGUUGUGUAUAUGAAACUUAGCAUAUUUGACCGUGGGUAUGUGCGGCUACAUGUGUCUUACACAGUCCAUCACCCAGCAGAGCGCUCGUUGACUUAGUUUGUGUCAUUGUUCCGAGUGUGUCGUCAUGUGUAAGAUAACAAGACUACCACGUCAGUACUCGCUCAAUAACCUUCGUGUCAUCCCGAUCCAGGGCUGCCAAGGUCAUUACGAAUCUCGCCACCGCAGAGACGCGGUGAGCGAUGACAAGCCUCAGGAACACUCCGCUACCAGGACGAUCCGGGUGUUGCCAAGCAUCGACACUCAGCGUGCCACUAAACCAAGUAAGGAUAAGAUGGGUCCCUGUGUGAAGUGGGCGACAUGGUUCAAAUAUCAAAGUGCACAAAAAGCCUAAACAUUUUCUAGCGCUAUCACUAGCUUCGAUAUCAGCAGGCCUGCCGCUACAUUGUCUUGCAAAGCCUGCACCACAUGCGCUCCACAUGCGCACCACAUGCGCACCACAUGCGCACCACAUGCGCACCACAUGCGCACCACAUGCGCACCACAUGCGCACCACAUGCGCAACACAUGCGCACCACAUGCGCGACACAUGCGCACCACAUGCGCACCACAUGCGCACCACAUGCGCACCACAUGCGCACCACAUGCGCACCAGUACGCGUGGUGUACGCGUGGUGUACGCGUGGUGUACGCGUGGACAUGCGCACCACAUGCGCACCACAUGCGCACCACAUGCGCACCACAUGCGCACCACAUGCGCACCACAUGCGCACCACAUGCGGGCGUAGUAGUGUGCCUUUGUAAAGGACGAGGUUAUCGAUUGCAGGCCGACGCUUGGAUACAAAAGCACCGGUCCCAGUUAUCAGCUAACACAAUAGAACUCUGAGAAAUCACUGUUCAGCAUUUUAAACUGUCUAUUGUCUUUCAACUUAAUUUUUUUUUUUUUACGGGGCAUUGUGAUGUCAUAGAAAUUAAAAUUUUUCCCAACAUAUAAACUAAAUACAUAUUCAUGUUUUUUUUUAUAUUUCCUUUUUAAAUGGCCCUCUUUUCGCUGGUCUUUAAUGUCUUGAAGAAGUAUUUAUUUAUUUUAUCUGGUGUACUUUGUGUCGAUGCUGAUGUUGAUGCUGAUGUUGAUGCUGAUGUUGAUGCUGAUGUUGAUGCUGAUGUUGAUGCUGAUGGUACUCGUGAUAGAUGUUUACCCCUGUAACCUUAAUUCCCUCUGAACUGACACCAGAGAUAUGUAACCUGUCCCUAAAGUCAAUGCAUUUUUCCCUACAAAAAAAUGUUCCUCACAAAAUUCCCCAUACUAAAAUUCCGCACACGCAAAUUCCUCAUCAGAAGAUUGCACGAACAGAAAAUUUCCAAAACCUCGGAAAAUUCCCCUCAUAGGUUAUUCCAUCCAUCCAUCCCUGUGGCGCUACAGCCCAUGUAGAGCGUUGGCCUGCCUCACCACUUCCUUCCACUCAGACCUAGCUAAUGCCUUUUAUUUUCCAUGCUUGGACUUUCAGCUGUUGUAGAUCUUUUUCCACAUCAUCCAUCCAUCUAAGCCUAGGUCUGCCUUUGAUAUAGACUGUACAAUUCAUGGUUGCUUCGUAUUCUCCAUCCAUAUUCAUCCUUUGUUGGUCCAUAUAUUUUCCUGAGGACUUUCCUCUCCCAUGUGUUUAAUAUGUUUUCUACCCUUUUUUGUUAGGGUCUAAGUUUCACUUGCAUAUGUUACAACUGGUCUGAUUACAGUUUUAUAAAUAGUUUUCUUUGUUUCUCUUGUAAUAUUUUUUCUUUUGAGUAUUUUCUGGCUACUGAAGUAUAACCCAAUUUCCGGUUGAUAUUCUUCCUUUUGUUUCUGUUAGUAAUUCGUUUCUUUCAUUUAACAAGGAUCUUGGGUAUUUGAAUUGAUUUACUUUUUCAAAAGUUUGGUUUUUAAUUUUAAUAGCUUCAUCUGUUUGUUCUUCUCUUAUCAUGGUCAUGUAUUUUGUUUUUUGGUUGUUAACUUCCAGCCCUGCUUGUAGAGAUGCGUCUUCUAAUUCAAUAAAUGAUUGUGAUAUGUCUUUUAUACUUUUCCUUAGCAGUGCUAUGUCAUCAGCAUAUGCAAGAUACUGAAGUGGUUGGUUGUAGAGUGUGCCCGUUGGUUGUGGGUCUUGAGUUUCCUUCAUAAAGUAUCCGGUAAUCAUUCCUCGAGUGUCAAUGUGCAUGUUUCUCAUAACUCUCUCUAAUGUUAGGUUAAAAAGGUUAAGUGAGUCUCCCUGUCGUAGGCCUCGUCUAAUCUAAAAUUCCCUUGAAUAGAUUAUUCCGCAAAAAGAAUAUUGCUAAAAAUGUGUGUGUGCUGUAAGUGUAUCGGGUGUGUAGAACUAAAAGAAAAGUAGAUCUCUAUUUUGACAGGCCAGACUUCAACACAACACACACCAUACAUUUUACAAAGGGGAAAUCGCUAUCUAUGGAAUUGGAAAAAAAUAUAUGCUUAAUAUCGAUUUUUUAGUAGGCCUAUUUCUUAGAUUAAUCAGUAACAUUAAAUAUAUAACAUAUUGAUUACUCGUGUAUGGAUUAUCUUAUUGAUUAGAUAUGGCAAUUCUGGCUGUUGAACUCAAUAUGUUGACAGUUUUAUACUUGCGUGAGGACUCUUCAAAUUUUAUUUACAGUUUUCUCAAAACUUUGAGACCCUGACAUCACUGGCGGGUUUUCGAUUGAUAUGUUUAUAGCUUAAUUUUUGUGUUUCUUUUUUUUUUCUCUUUUAUCAAAUAAACUUUAAAUAUUUGGAGGUCCGUUCCCUUUUGGGUGAAUAAUUUUCAUUGCGCUAUUGUAUGAUACCAGUUCUAUUCUAGAUGUUUGUAGACAUUAGUUCCCACACAGCUGUUAGUGUCACCGCCGUAGGAUUCGCCACUUUCUUUAUCCCUAUAUCAUAUAUUUAUUUCUAUAUAAUAUAUUUGUAGAUAUAUUUAUAUGAAAAUACAAAAUAAAAAUGAUUUUAGAUUUGAUCAUUAACAUUUCGGCAAGCAUUUCGUGCCAAACUUUGAAAUUAAUUCCAGAUUCCAAGCCAGGGGCGUCGGUAGACAGUAGCUCAUACGAGUAUCAGCCCCCUCAGCCUGCUCCGCGAUCUGGCGACGGCCACCAGAUGAACUAUCUGAUGUACGUCAACCCAGUGACGUGUUCACUCUUCCUGCUGCUGUUGGUUGUCUUCCUCAUCAUGUACGUCUCCUUCCUGCACACACUGCGCAGGUCCGUGGACAGCAUCCGGAAAGAAAUUGAAGGCACCAGGUCCCGAGACAAGUUCCUUAACUGUGGAUGCAGGAAGCCUCUUAAAGACAAGGACUACGUUUGCCCUUAGUCAUAAAUUCACAUAUAUCAGCUGAGUGUUAAUUAUCACUACAACAUAUGUACAAUGUACUCAUUUACAUAACAAAUAUUAUGCUAAAUGUGUUAUAACCUUUUAAUGUGUAAUGAUUAUGACAUAAUAAACUGUUCUUACAAAGCCUCUAAGCCUUAAAGGAAAUUCAGCGAAAUUAAACUUGGCAUAUAGAAUUUUCUAGGGCAUUACUUUGAAAUAAACAUUGUGUUUCUUCAUAACAAU